AUGAGUGCUGAAGGGCAGUCCGGUGAUGUCAACUCGCCGUGGAGGAAUAAUGCUUCUAACAAUAUAAACUGGUCACGACCGCAACCUCGUCACCGACAUUCACCAGGGAACAGUGGUAAUGAUUUCACAUCGAAUACAAUGACACCGGAGGCAGCACAUUUAGGGCCCGGGGAUAAUUCUGAGAGUGGUCGGGUUGGCAGCGGGGUUGGCUUACAGUUCAAAAAUACACCUUCGACAGGUCGACGUGGUCACCAACCGGAUUUAUCAAAUGACUCGACAACCUCGGGUGGAGGAGCCGGUUAUUAUUUACCUCAGGAUAGGCUGUUGGAGAAUGCUGGCCAGAUUCAGAGUAGUAAUAGGAAGUACAUAAUGGAGACGCCUGCCAUCCAGAUGGAGGAGGGAGUCGGACACGGUUCUGGAAAAUGGCCUCGACCUACAGCGCCCGCACGAACAUACGUUCCUGUCCCCGAGAUGUCUCAAAUCUAUUCGGGCGACCAUACGCAAUAUAUAAAUUCCUCGCCGCCGAAACAUAAUUUCAACGAUCCUGACGACGAAUACCAGUAUGACGUCCAGAAGGCCUACAAAAAUGAUAUCUACCAUCACCCUCCAAAUGCACGCCUCUCAACCACAUCCGUCGCUACCGGUGUUAUCGACUUCGAGGAUGCUCACGAUGGCGAUCCCGACCGGGUUGGCGCUAUUGACGAUGAUUUUUCUCACUCAACAACAUAUCCUUUGGACCAAGCCCGCUCCGCUUCCAACCACUCUAACCGGCCUACAAGAAGAUUUCCCGGUGACCACAACUUCCAUAGGUGGAACAAAACCAACGGAGAAAUAAACGAAGAUUUGCAGCGGCGCCUCGGAGCGAGGCACCUUCAAAUGAUAGCACUGGGUGGAACCCUCGGUGUCGGACUUUUCCUAGCGAGCGGCAAGGCGCUCAGUGUCGCUGGGCCCUUAGGUGCACUAAUUGGUUAUAGUUGCAUGGGGUUUGUGGUACUCUGCGUCAUGCUGAGCUUAGGAGAGAUGACUGCCCUAAUACCAAUUGCCGGAGGUAUUACCACCUAUGCUGGAAGAUUUGUCGACGAUGCUCUUGGAUUUGCUGCUGGUUGGAUGUAUUGGUUAUCUUUUGCUACCGCAUUACCAACAGAAGUAACAGCCGCCUCGAUUCUCAUUAGAUACUAUUCCCCUAUCGAAGACGAAAAGUAUAUUGCAUUGUGGAUAACAGUUUUCUUGGGAAUGGUACUAGCUGUUAAUUGCUUCAAUGUUCGGGUUUAUGGUGAGCUAGAGUAUUGGUUCGGUUUGCUCAAAAUCAUGACAAUACUUGGCCUUAUCAUCUUGAUGGUCAUCAUCAACGCUGGGGGUGCUCCGAAUCAUGCACCGAUCCGUUUUAGGAAUUGGGAGUUUCCGAACGGACCGUUCCGACAGCAUUUGGUUACCUACGAUGGGGUAAAACAAUGGAGGAAUCAGUUCUUCGAGUACCCGGAUAUCACCGGCCCCGGCGCAAACUUUCUAGCUACUUGGGGUUCCUUUACGAUUGCGGCUUUCUCAUUCCUCGGAACAGAAAUUGUGGCCGUUGCCGCCGGCGAAGCCGCCAACUCUCGCCAGGCGCUCCCUUCUGCCGUUCGACGGCUCUUUUGGAGAAUCGCUAUCUUUUAUGUCUUGGGAAUCUUUGUAGUUGGAUUAAAUGUCCCAAGCACCCACGACCGUCUCCUACAAUUCCAUGAUUCAACGGUGGGGGCAGCCACUGGGUCCCAAGAAGGCUUUAGCGCUCUUGGAUCGAAAUCGCCAUGGGUUAUCGCCAUCAUGGAAUCAUCUAUCCCCAUCCUUCCUGCUAUUAUCAAUGGCAUUUUCGUCUUUUGCGCAUGGUCUGCGGGAAAUUCUCACCUUUAUGCUAGCAGCCGAACCCUAUAUGGUCUUUCUUUAGAGGGGAAGGCCCCAAGAAUAUUCCGCAGGUGCACUGCUAGCGGGGUCCCUUACGUUUCCGUCUUGACAAGCACAGCAAUUGCUUUGACGGCUUACAUCCAACUUGCUGGGCCUACCGGACAAAUUGUUUUCGAUUACCUUUUAAAGCUUACCACAACCUCCGGUUUGAUUGUUUGGGGGACCUUUUGCCUCGCAUUUGUCCGUUUCUACUACGGUAUCGAACAAGCUCGGCAUAUCGACCGCUUUUCAGACGAGUACCCAUACAGAAGCCCAUUCCAACCAUACCUAGCUUGGAUCGGCCUUUUCGCAACAACCAUCAUUGUCUUGUUCAAUGGCUUCGAUUUUUUCUUGACCGGUCGACGCGACGCAGAUGGUGUUCCAAUAUCUCGAGAUGUUGACUUCGCACCCAACUUUCUUUCCGCUUAUCUAAGCGUCUUUGUUUUCUUCGCAUUGUUCUUCUUUUGGAAGUUCUUUAAGAAUACCUCUUUACAACCUUUAAAUCGCAUAAAUUUUGACACCGGAAUGGCUUAUGGUAUCGACGAACGAAAAAAGGAAGAAGUUUCGACUGGAAAGCGAGCCCUUCGUUUCGCAAUACGCACAAUCGGUUGA